CCAUGAUCUCGCAGCAGCAACUGGCAGGGUUCGCUACUUUGCUGGCCUCAAUCAUCUUCAUUCGGGAUCGCAACGCCCAUGGUAAUGAGGUCUCUGCGUAUAUCGACUACGCACACCGGCUGAAGGUGGACGACUUUGAAGUUUAUUUCAGUGGCAAGAAGAAGCUUUUCCCCAGACGCUCGGACCUGAGCUUCUACAACUGGGACAGAAACCUCUGCUGCUUGAAUGCCAGUCCGAAUUAUCAUGUGAUUGCAGAAAACACAUGUGGCUUACUCUUCAAGAACAAAUCUGACAGAAAGAUCAUCAAUGUGGAUCCGAAGGUUUUCCCGGGAGACAACACGACACGGACUCCAAUCGAAACAGACCUCUACCUGCAAGUGGUUAUCUAUGACCAUAUCCUCAGAAGAAAGCUGUAA